AUGAAGCUGGCCGUUGUGUUCUUGUCCGUGGCAGGCCUCUCUGAGUGCCUUUUUAAAAUUCCUCUUCUGAAGGGUAAGUCAGUUAGACAGACUUUAGAGGAGAGAGGACUUUGGGAUGAGCACAGGACGAAGUUCUCCUACGACCCCACGACCAAGUUCAACAACAGGCUUGACACGGAGAAGGAACCGCUGACCUAUGCCCCUUUACAAACAUAUUAUGGGAUUGUUUCCAUUGGCAACCCACCCCAAUCAUUCAAAGUUGUCUUUGACACAGGAUCUGCCGAUUUCUGGGUCCCCUCUGUUUACUGUGACAGUGCGGCCUGCAACAACCAUGCUAAGUUCAACCCCAACAUGUCCUCCACGUUUCGGUCUAGCUCUAUUCCUCUGUAUAUCGCAUAUGGCACUGGAAGCAUGACAGGCGUUCUGGGAUAUGACAUGCUGAUGAUAGGUGAUGUGUAUGUGCAGAACCAGGUGUUUGGUUUGAGCGAGACAGAGAGUGAGUAUUUGGUGUAUAUGCCGUAUGAUGGUAUACUGGGUCUGGCCUUCAUAUCUGAUGCCACAGAAGACUUCACACCUGUCUUCAACAAUCUGGUGGCACAGGGCAGGGUCUCUCAGAACCUAUUCUCCUUCUAUUUAACAAGCUCUGAAGAGGGUAGUGUGGUGAUCCUAGGAGGGACAGAUCCUGCCUACCACAGUGGGAGCAUACAAUGGAUCCCUCUCUCCCAGCAGCAGAAAUGGCAAAUAGAGAUGCAGAGUAUCGUUAUCUCCGAAAACACUGUGGCUUGUAUUGGAUCCUGCAGUGCCAUUGUGGAUACAGGAACUGCAUUAAUAGUAGGCCCAACGACAGACAUUAAUAACAUCUAUGGGUGGGUGGGAGCCUAUGUGGAUCAAAGCGGAGAUGCAAUAGUGAGCUGCAGUAACAUUGACCUCAUGCCUGACGUCAUAUUCCAAAUAAAUGGUUAUACAUUUUCCCUGCCUGCCUCCGCAUAUGUCUACCAGUUCGGUUCAACCUGCAGGGUGGGGUUUGAGACCGGGGGUGAUUUCUGGAUCCUUGGAGAUGUGUUCCUCAGAGAAUACUACUCAGUGUUUGACCGGGAAAACAACAUGGUGGGUUUCGCCAAGGCUGCGUGA